UAAUUGUAAAUUGUUGAAUCUCGACUAAAUAUUGCGGGAAUGAUAAUUCAGAAUACCGAAUGUCAACAGUUUCUUGAUCCAAGCCGACCGCAGACGCGUUGCAACCGAAGGCUAUGAAAAUGUCAGGAUCAUCGAAGAGCGAGAACGAGUUGGAAACGAUCUACGAAUCACUCCUGAACAUAAUGUUAGUCGCUAGUCUCUUGUUAGUGGCGGCAAGGUGGCUCUUCAAGACGACCAAGCGGGAGGAUCUCAUGCCAGCGACAAAAUCCUACUCUAUCCAACCGACGUCAUUCGCCGCGGUGCCACCGCCUAAGAAUUCCUUCAUUAAGAAAUUAAAGGCCUCCGGACAAAGUUUAGUAGUAUUCUAUGGCAGCCAGACGGGUACUGCUGAAAAAUUCGCAAAUAUCCUUGCUAAGGAGAGCAUCAGAUACAAGAUGAAGGGUAUGGUGGCCGAUCCCGAGAAAUGCGAUAUGGAAGAACUGGUACACCUGAAGACUAUCCGCAACAAUUUAGCAGUGUUUUGUUUGGCUACUUAUGGCGAGGGUAAUCCCACUGAUAAUGCAAUGGAGUUCAUUGAUUGGCUCAAGAACAGUGACGACGAUCUCACAGGACUAAAUUACGCGGUAUUUGGACUGGGUAACAAGAUUUACAAUUAUUAUAAUGAAAUAGGCGUAUAUGUGGAUAAUAGAUUGGAGCAACUGGGUGCUACGCGCGUUAUCAAGCUGGGUCUUGGGGAUGAUAACGCAAACAUAGAGGAUGAUUUUAUCACGUGGAAAGAUAAAUUUUGGCCGGCCGUCUGUGAAUUCUUUGGCAUCAAGGAAACUGGCGAGAAUGUUAGUAUUCGACACUACAAGCUCACAGAGCACGCGAAUCUGCCGACCGAUUGCAUCUACACCGGAGAGAUCGCGCGUCUUCAUUCCUUCACAAAUCAGAAACCGCCGUAUGAUGCGGCAAACCCAUUUUUGGCUCCUAUGAUAAUGAAUCGCCAAUUACAUGGUCCAGCGUCAAACAGAUCGUGCAUGCAUAUAGAGUUCAACAUCGACGGUUCUAAGAUGCAUUACGAGACUGGCGAUCACUUAGCCGUGUAUCCUGUGAACAAUCCAGAGCUAGUAAACAAAAUUGGCAAACAAAUCGGUGUGAAUCUGAAUAAUGUUUUUUCCCUCACAAAUACAGAUGAAGAAUUUACGAAGAAGCCAUUCCCUUGCCCUUGUAGCUACAGGACUGCUUUGACACAUUAUUUAGACAUUACAAGUAACCCGCGCACCUACGUUCUUAAAGAGUUGGCGGAGUACGCCGCUGAUCCCACAGAAAAGGAAAAGCUGAAACUGAUGGCGUCGACCAGCGUGGAAGGCAAAGCGGCUUAUCAACAAUGGAUAAUUCAAGAGAAUCGCAACAUUGUGCAUAUACUGGAGGAUAUUCACAGUUUAAAGCCACCAUUAGAUCAUUUGUGCGAAAUUUUGCCACGAUUACAGUGUCGAUACUAUUCAAUAUCCUCGUCUCCGAAGAUUUAUCCAACUUCAGUUCAUAUUACGGCACUGGUGGUGGAAUAUAAAACUCCGACCGGCAGAAUAAACAAGGGUGUGACGACCACCUGGUUGAAGAAGAAACAUCCCUCCGAUCCGCCCUGUCUUAUACCAAUUUUUGUAAGAAAGUCCGAGUUCCGUUUGCCGACAUGCCCGAGUACUCCUAUCGUCAUGAUUGGUCCGGGCACUGGUCUAGCGCCAUUCAGAGGUUUUAUACAAGAACGGGAUUUUGCGAGAAAAGAAGGUAAAGAGGUGGGCGAUACGAUACUGUACUUCGGAUGCAGAAAAAGUCAAGAGGAUUUUAUUUAUUGUGAUGAGUUAGAAGAAUAUGUGAAAAGUGGCUUAUUAACGUUACAUUCUGCGUUCAGCAGAGAGCAAGCGCAAAAAAUCUACGUCACACAUUUGCUCGAAAACAACAAGGAAGAAUUGUGGCGUGUCAUGGGUGAACAAAAUGGACAUGUUUACGUUUGUGGAGAUGCGAAAAAUAUGGCUCAAGACGUGCACAACAUAUUACUCAAAAUAGUUAAGGAACGUGGCAAUAUGUCAGAAGUUAAUGCCGCAAAUUACAUUAAGAAGAUGGAAUUGCAGAAGCGAUACUGUCGUGAUGUUUGGAGUUAGGCCAUAUUAAUGCUAUCAUAAAGAAAUAUCCCGGGGUAACGGGUAGAUACUUCCUGCGAACCCGGCAGAGAACAGAUUUACCUCAGGAUGAAGCGCUCCUGCCCACGUAAGCUCCUGAUCUUCCUCCACUCCCUAACCGGAGGGGGCAGGUCCUCUCAACCUAGAUUCCAUCCAUUCCCAAACUAUUCUUUUACAUUUCCUAACCCUGACGGAGGACAGCAGUAGCCAUCGGUACUCGUCGAGGGCAACAAAGAAGGACUUUGUCAAUGACCUUAAAAGAGAUGCAAAAAGACGGGGAUCCCGCUCUACCUUACAAUACUGAGAUGCAGAAAGGCAGGAGAAUCCAUUGCAUCAUAUAGGGAAGACCGGGGCAAAUCGUUAGACGGGUAAUUCGAUAAUUGGAAACAUUUUUUUAUGUGUACAUAUUAAACAUUUACUUUAAACACUGUAAACAUGUCCUAACCCAAGGAACACAACAUAGUCAAAAUGACGUCAUUUUGACGUCAAAAUUACAUCACAGCAGUGUUACGUCCUGCGGAGUAACGAUUCUUUCCUUCGCAAC